UCUCACACUCUGAUCGGGACUUCCUCGUACACCAUUGCCUUCUCUUCCUCCUCUUACUAAGAUGGAGUCUUCGUCGUCGUCGACAGUUGAGCGAGUAUUUCAGAAAGUAUAAGCUUUGACUCAUCCAUAUCCUGAAUUUCAGAAAGCAUAAGCCCAACUCAUUUAUACUUGAGUUCUGUGAAAUUCAGGAUAUGGAUGGAACUGCAACUUCAGCAGUACAGAGUAUUUCAAAUUUUGUUGAUGGGAAAAAUGGAGUGGAGAUCAAACUCACUUCUGAUGAAAAGCUUGAGGAUUUUGAUGACCAGGAGAACAGACCAGAAGUUAUAAUCCCUGAAGAGAUUGAGGAUUCUUGGAUGGAUCAGGUACACGAAAUAGGACACAAGGCCUCAACAGGUGGAUGGUUUGUGUCUGAGGGUGAAUCCGUUCUUCUAGCUCAUGAUGAUGGUUCAUGCUCCUUUUAUGAUAUUACCAACUCUGAGGAGAAGGCUGAAUAUAAGCCUCCUGCUGGAGUGCCAACCCACAUAUGGGGAGAUUGUUGGUUGAUCCAUGCUCCUGGUGCGGAUGGGUGCUCAGGAAGAUAUGUUGUAGCAGCAUCAGCAGGGAAUGCUUUAGAAUCGGGUUUUUGUUCGUGGGAUUUUUACACCAAAGAUGUGCAAGCUUUUCAUGUUGAGGAGAGCAGAGCCAUAUUUUCUUCAAGAACUGUUCUCGGUCCCUUACCCAACAAUGGUGCAUACAGAAGAAAUGCUUCAUCCAAAGUCUUGGCCACUGAAAACCAACAAUGGUGGUAUAAUCCAUGUGGUCCUCUUAUUGUGUCAACUGCCAGCAGUCAGAAGGCUGUUAGAGUCUAUGAUAUCCGUGAUGGUGAGCAGAUGAUGAAAUGGGAUUUACAGAGGCCGGUGUUAAUGAUGGAUUACUCAAAUCCUUUGCAGUGGAUAAAUCAAGGGAAGGUGGUAGUAUCUGAAACAGAAAAUAUUACUCUCUGGGAUGUGAACUCGCUUAGUCCUCGGGCAUUACUAUCUGUUAACACCUCUGGUCGGAAGGUCUCUGCUCUUCAAGUGAACAACACAGAUGCUGAAUCAGGUGGUGGAGUUCGCCGAAGAGUAAGUUCAUCCGAAGCAGAAGGAAAUGAUGGGGUUUUCUGUACCACAGAAGGCAUAGACGUCCUAGAUUUUCGCCUUCCAUCCGGGGUGGGCCUCAAGAUAUCCCAACUUGGUGUGAGUGUCCAGUCUGUCUUCUCUCAUGGUGAUUCCAUUUUUCUUGGAUGCACUAACACAAAAUCUACAACAAAAAAGUCCCGUUCACAAGUGCAACAGCUCUCAUUGUGCAAAGGAAGGCUUCUCAGAAGUUAUGCUCUUCCAGAUCUCAAUGCUCACUUCCAUUGCUCUGCCAUAACACAGGUCUGGGGGAAUUCAAGUUUUGUGAUGGGUGUGUGUUCACUGGGGCUGUUUGUAUUUGAUGCCUUAAAGGAUGAUGGGAUGCAGUCUUUCACUAUUGGUUAUGAGAACACACAAAAUGUUAGAGAGGUCAUCGGUCCAGAUGACUUGUACUCUCCUUCUUUCGAUUACUUAUCUUCUCGGGUUCUUGUUAUAUCAAAAGAUCGCCCUGCACUUUGGAGGCAUUUGUUAUAGUUGCAAUCAAUAUUCAUUAUCUUAUAUAACAAAUGGGCAUUUUCCCUCUAGUUUGGUGAGCUUUUCAGCCUAUUCUUCCCUCUUUUUAUUUUAGAAGUUCUUCCUAUUUUCAGUUGUAUCCUAUAUACAUUAUAUGGUUUCAGAUAUUGGAUUAGGAUCAAGCAAUUUGAAUGAUUCAA